UGAAUUAGAACAUCCGCGUUGAUACGGAUAGGGGACUUUCAGGACUGUCACCCUUAAUUUUCACAACGUAUAAAUAAAUAGAUUGAAUGUUUCAUAGGCAGCCAGUGGGAACACUUUGAGCGUCAGAAUGUCUGGACAAAACAGCGACCAGUUGCAUCGCUCUACUUUGGGCAUAUAUGCGAGCCUGAUGGAUCAGUUCAACCCAAGUCUACAGAAGUUAGUGUCUUUGGGAAACAGCUACAUGCAGGCUUUCCAAGCCCUAGCUGUGACCAGUGAGGCUUACUUCAGCACCCUUGCUAAGAUAGGGGAGCAGGCCUUCCACACCAUGUCGUCUCGCUCUAUUGGAGAUGUUCUGAUUCAGAUUUCAGAGAACCAGAAGCGUCUCACCACUGAACUUGAAGGAAUAUUCCGCUGGUUCCACACUGAGGUGCUACAGGAGAUGAACAACAAUGUCAGACUGGAUAAGGACUACAUAGCAGGCAGCAGGAGGCGAUAUGAGAUGGAGGUACAGAGCCAGGCCAUAUCUUUGGAGAGGCAGCUGAGGAGAGGGGCUCACCAGGAUGAGUACAUUCACUUCCUGAGGGAGAGUCAGCGCGAGGCUCUGAUGGAGGAAGAAAGGCGAUACCGUUUCCUGGCUGAGAAACACUGUGGUCUCACUCAGUCCAUCAUCUACCUCAUGAACAAGACAGGGGCAGGGGGAGGCCUACAGCAGAUAGCUGAUGGAUGGAGAGACCAGGUCAACGCCACCAGACGACCUGGAUCCCGGAACCCCUCUCACCUGGACCAGGACAACACAUCCAGAACGAGGGAGGAGGACAGGGGGAGCCAAUGGUCAGGCAAAGAGGAGCAGCCUCUGGGAAGAGUGCCCUCCAGAGGCCCAUCACCCCAGAACAUCCGUUCCCGCUCCAGCUCAUUUGGCGAGUCCCUAGGUCUGGGUGGAGGUGGAGGAGGGAGACCUAUGAGAGCUCUGGUAUCCCACCCUGCUAACUCCAGCAACCCCACCCUGCUGCCCUUCUCCCGGGGGGAGGUGGUGAGCGUGCUGGUGCAGGAGCCCCGUAACGGCUGGCUCUACGGCCGGGCAGAGAGCAGCUCACGCCAGGGCUGGUUCCCAGCUGCCUAUGUGGGGACACUGGAGGAGGCCCCUAGAUCAACUGGCUCCAGUAGCUCCACCCUUAGGAGCGCCCACAGUAUGGACAACCUGCUGGACCAAUCAGGAGGCAGCAGCCACGGUAGACCCCCGCCUCCGCCGCCUCCACCCAAUAGACAGACAGAGAUGCGUCCAAUCACACCCAGCAUGGAUAGAAGGGCGGAGUCUCACUCUGACAAUAAGAGAGGAGAGCGUCAUGGUGGACCUGGGCCAAACCUCUUUCCAAAGGGCACCAACCCUUUCGCCACUGUCAAGCUGAAGCCCACGUCCACCGAUGACAGAUCUGCUCCACGGCUCCGUCGGUGAAGAGGUCACGCCCUUGGGAGGCAGUAGGGUGGCCUACUACUCUAGUGAAGAACCCCGGGUUUGUCAAUUCUAAUCCACCAAUGGGAAUACUUAACCUAAAUGACCCUUAGUGUGUACUCCUUAGUGUGUACUGACAUGUGAGUGUUGAGCUCCAACAAAACAAUGACUUUUGAUUUUAUUGCUAAAAUAAAAAUGGUAGCUGCUUUUCACAUUGUUUCCAAUUCCUUUAAUCAGAAAGAAAUACAUCCUCUGAUUCUGUUUUUUAGUUGCUGUUGAUAUUUGACACAUUUAUUUUCUAGUUAUUGAGGGCCAAUCGGUAGUGCUGAGCGAUUAACUGAAAUGCAUUGAACAACCAAUUAACCGACGUCGGUUCAUUUAUUUGAAUUCCAUUUAGUUCUUCUUCUUUUUUUGUGAGCCCAACGUGCCAUUUCUGUAGAGAGAAAUCCAAUCAUUCACGAGCAAAAUCAAGUCAAGAACUACGUGGGACGCUUGGCUGUAGUAUUAAGCCAAUAAUUAAACCUAAUUCAGCACAGAAAUUUGGUGAUUAACUACAAUGACCAUAAUCCAUUGCGCCUGUACUUCCCGGCUUGGAUGUUAGAUAAGACACACACAGACCAAAAUAGACCGCAUGAUAGGAAUGUACAGAACACAACGAUGAGAGGGACGGAGACAAUUUGUGAAAGUAUGCCUUACCUUGUUUGAAGAGCUAGUAAAAAUGUUUUUUUUUUUUUACAGACGGCUCUGCGACAUUAUUAGACAGGCUAGCCUAGCUAAAUAGGAUGACUAAAGACAGUACGGUAUAUGAAGCACAGAAAUACUGUAACGUUAGAUGGUCGGUCGGGCUGGCUGCUACUACUUGAGCAGAGAUGAGAUGAUGACUUUAAGGAAUGAAAAAUGAUAAAGACAUCAGAUAAAAAUGAAGUAAUGUACACAACUGAAAUGUGUUAUCAUUAUGAUAGUCAUUUUCUACUUUUCAAUGGAUGUCUACCCAAUGUGAACCGUGACAGAGACAAUGGAAUAUUUGAAAUGUUUUGACAGUAUAAUGUUCACUAUUUUUGGUUUUUAAUUUCCAUUAAAAAGCUUUAAAAUCA